CGGCUAUUUUGCAUGAAGUGUUUUCUGGCCGCAGCUUCCAACCUUCCACUGCUGCGGAGUGAGUGUCCAAGGAGAAAGCGAAGGAACGUUCUUGUGCUUUUCCAUUUGGAGGAAAUAAGGUGUCGGAAGUCGAAAGAAAGGAAAGCAGGACAAAAAAAAAACAGCCAACGAAACGCUGCGCUUGUAUGCGAAAAUGGAGCUUCCCGCCGCGGGAGAGCAUGUCUUUGCGGUGGAGAGCAUCGAGAAGAAGCGUAGCCGGAAGGGAAGGGUUGAGUAUUUGGUCAAGUGGCGUGGAUGGUCCCCAAAGUACAAUACAUGGGAACCAGAAGAGAACAUUCUGGAUCCAAGGCUACUCGAUGCUUUUGAAGACAGGGAACGUCAAGAGCAGCUGAUGGGAUAUCGCAAGAGAGGGCCCAAACCCAAGCACCUUCUGGUUCAGGUCCCUUCUUUUGCCCGGAGAUCCAGUAUGCUUGCUGGCCUUCAUGAGUCAUCCCUGCAAGAAGACAGCUGUCACAACACCAGUUCCGUUCCAAAGCUGCAUCCCCAGAGCCAGCGGUACCAUCUGAACAGCAAGAAGCAUCAUCAGCACGAGCCCAUGAGCCGAGACCGAGAGACUGAGCAGCAUGCCAAUGGCACCAAGUUCUACUAUCAGCUGAAGAAACACCAUCACUACCAGCCGGGCCUGCAGGUGCACGAGUCUGUCUUUGCCAAGCCCAGAGAGGUCAAGGCUCCGGAGAUGCCCGUCAAAGGGUACAAUCUUCCCCCUGUGCUGCAGCAAAAAUGGUUCCGGGACAAGACUUCAGGUGUCCUGACCAAAGUAAAGGACAUCACCAUGGAGCUGAAAAAGCUCCCGGCAGACCUCAACAGCCACAAAGAACUGGAGAAGGCGAAGCCGAAAGACCACGCCUCAGUACAGCAUAAUGGCGUCAGCGGCAGCAAACUGAAAAUUGUGAAAAACAAAAAUAAGAACGGACGGAUUGUUAUUGUCAUGAGCAAAUACAUGGAAAACGGAAUGGAGGCGGCAAAGCUUACGAAUGGUGAAUCGCAGUCGGCAGAGACGUUUUCGCAAGGAGCGGACAACACGGAGAGGCACCUCGAGAAGAUGAAGCUGGUCAAACAUCUCGGGCUCGUUAACGGAUUUGCAGAGAAACCCAAAGCCGCCUCGGGAUGCACGGGAGAUUGCACCAAAGAAAACCAACAGUCCGCCCAAGCUGAGCCUUCUGUGACGGAACAGGAUAAACACGAUGAGGUCAGGGGUCAGUGUCCGCUUCCAGCCGAUCAGCCUAAUCCGGUCUCGUUGCCUCUGGACACCGGAGUUCCUGUGUUCACUGACAAAAAAGCAGCCCAAGAUGAAUUUCAAAGAUUAAAGCGACACCUUUCUGACACUGACACUGAGGAGCAUGGGAGUAACAAGAGGUUUUUACCCUUCGACCACACAGUCUCCUCACCCACCCAAAGCAUUAGCACUGACCAAAAUGGCCUCCGGGCUCCCUUUUCAUUGCGGCACUGUGACUAUGCUGAUCAUGAUCAAGAGGAGCCUAUUGACUUGAGCAUUGUGAAGCCCAGGCCUCAAGUUGCCGCUUCCGCGAGAAGCCAGCCAAAACUGCACACACAGGAUGGAACGCAGACAGACUCGCAAGUGAAAGAUCAAACUGAAAAGCAGCCCCAGGCUGAAGAGCAAAAAAGUGCGGACACAGUUGAUUCGGUGACUGUUGGUGAGCGGCAAAAGGGAAAAGUGGAGACUUUGUUUCCCUCUUUUCAGCCGUUUCUUGGGAAUAUAGUCAUCACAGAUAUUACUACAAACUGCCUCACAGUUACCUUCAAGGAGUAUGUUACAGUGUAGCUGUAAAAAUGUACAUAAGAUAUAUUUGUAUUUUCAGAGGCGUGAAUGUGCAAAUACUAGAACCUGUUUUUGUAUCAUUUUGUACAAAGAAAAGCAUUUGGAUUCUUUGCUUUAUUUGCUUAUUUCCUGCAUGACAUGUUGUCAUUUGUUAUGACUAUCACAUGCAGUAUUUUCCAACUUAGUUCAGAAAGCAAAGAAUGUUAGAACUAACUGAAAAUGCACUUAAUGAUUUUUUUUUUUUAUUUGUGCUUGCUACAGUCUACAUUCUAAGUCUUGUAAAGAAGAUAGACUUUAUAUAAAUGUUUGUAUGGAAGAAUUCUAUAUUCAAACAUGGUCAAAUACACUGUGUGUGUAUGUGUGUGUGAAAGUGUGAACAAAAUCAGAUAGAUGCUGUUUAGAUACUUGUUUUAAAACUAACAAGCAAAACACAUUUGUCAAUAAGUGUCAUUUGUAUUUUUGAGGAGAGUGUCAAAUGAAACUUGCUCAGUGUUUCUUGUUUUUAUUUGUCCCUGCUUUUGUUGUCUGACACUGUGCCCCCGACACUCCAUUAAGAUGGUUAAGUCAGUUCCAGCAUUUACUGAUUUAUCUUUUGUUUGCAGCACUGCAUUCUUCAAUGUGAUUGAUAUCCCAAUCACGAAUCCUUGUGCUAGUUUAUCUGUGUAGUCCAUCCAAUUCAUACCACCAGAUGGGUUAUCUAUCAUUCCAUUCUCCACGCCCUGUGUGGCCCGCACAUCUGUGCUGUCUUCAGUAUGUGUUUCAUAAGGACAUAGUAUCAAACCCUCAUCAAAUAACUUUGAGAACACAUUGGCAAUCUCAACAGCAUAUACAGAGAGGUGCCCUUGUUUUACUAUACUGUAUUACUCUUACUUUACCAUAAUGAUGUUUUAACAGAAUAACUAUUACAACAUAUGUGAUUUGUAUGAGUGCAGUGAUGCAUUUUCAUGUUUUGUGUGCAGACUAAGUGAAUGCUUCCUAAACAGUUUUGCAAUAAUAAAAUUAUUUGCAAGUUAA